AUGAAGAACUAUCAGCGGUUGGGUCCGCUUGGACAGCAACAACAGCAGCAGCAGCAACAUCAGCAACAUCAGCAACAGCAGCAACAUCAGCAACAUCAGCAACAGCAGCAGCAACAGCAGCAGCAACAGCAGUAUCAGCAACAUCAGCAGCAGUAUCAGCAACAACAUCAGCAUUUUUAUAUGGCGAAUGAAGGUAUGUCAGGGACAGCUUACUUGCCGCCUGUGCCCCAGACCCCGUUUGAUCCAACUUACGGUGCAUCUUUGUUACCCUCUCAUAUGUUAAUGGGCUCUCCUUUUCUUUCUACUCCUAUAAGGCCGCAGGGACCAUUUCAUUCGGCGACAUCGGGACAUAGCAAUCACUCUAUGCAUCUUAAUUCCUCGGGCAGGUCUUCAUAUCUUUAUUAUCCGCAGCCAUCAAUGUUGAAGCCGGUUCCACCCAGAAGAAAAAAGUCCGUUAGCUUAAACAAUGACGAACCAUGUGAAAUAAAUUUCAAAAUCCUGCCUAAGGGUAAAGACGAGUACAUGACUAGAUCAUUACUCUUUACAAAUUUAGAAAGUCAAGCAGACAUUGAUCUUCAUACUUUCUUGACGGACUUUAUCAAGCAUGUUCGUAUCGAGUCAAUCUAUCUUUUGGACGAUAAUCACUCGAUACUACUAAGUUUUUUAUCAAAGAGUAUUUGUUUGGACUUCUACAAUAGUUUGUUGCAAAGGUUUUCGGAGUUUAAAUCCAAACUACAUUCCCCAAAAUUAUCGGUUAGUUUUGUGUGCCAAGAUGAGGCUAAUUGGUUUAGAGCAUUGCAACUUAAUGUGGUAACGAAGGGCGCAACAAGGUCGCUUUACAUUGAGUUUGAAGAUCAAACAGUAGAUGUUACCGUUGAUCUAAUUCGUGAAAAGUUCCCAUGGUUGUUCUUCUCGCAGCGAUAUGUUGUCGAAGGAAUUGAUUUGAUAAAUUCAACUGCGAACCUGCAUUUCAAUAAUAAAUACGUAUUGGUUCAUUUUAUUUGCAUCUCUAUGGCUUUGGAGAUAGAAGAGUUUCUACAACAGCCCUCUCAAAAGAAACUACUAGGGCUUUCAAAGAUUCAGUUUGUUAAUGUUAAUAUGCAUUCUUCAGAUCAUUUUGAUGACGAAACAAUGGCCGCUGCGAAUGGUUUCCAGCAAGAGUCCAGAUCCUCCUCUGUGUCUUCAAUUUCAUUGCCAAUAUCCAACUCCUCUGAGAUAGUAGAGUUGUUUCAUUCUCUAGAUAUUGCCUUAGACACAAUUUCAUUGCAGGUCGUUCCAUCUGAGUAUCCAGCGCCGCAAAUAAAGGAAUAUAAGGAACAUUUAAACAAUGUCACAAUUUCAAAACCCAGCAAAUCGUUGGCUUCCUCUAAAUCGUUGCUAGAGAUCGAGUCUUCAGUUCCAACUGGAGUCACCUCUAAUGGUUCUAGCACUCUUCAAGGUGUCAUGUUAAUGAAUGAUCCUUCAUCGGUUGGCAAUACUCCUAUCAUUGUACCAUCUGAAUUAAAUGUAAGCACACCUAUUUUAUCUGGUGCGUUAUCAGGUCAGAUGUUAUCUGGACCAUCGCAAUCUUUAUCUCUCCACAAUGGUAAAGAAGGAGGUAUUGUAUCGCCACCAUUUUUCAUGGAUGGUAUGUCUGCUAACCCUAUUACACAAACCUUGCAGAGGCAAUACUUGACAAGUGUCUCCCAAGUCAACGGUAUGAAUAAUAGAACGGUUUAUAUUGGAAAUAUACAUCCUAGAUCUAAACCAGAGGAUAUUUGUAAUGUUGUUCGUGGCGGGAUCUUACAAAACAUUAAAUGGAUCUCUUCAAAGCGUAUAUGCUUUGUGACCUUUAUAGAGAUAGCUGCUGCUGUUCAAUUUUACGCCAACGCAUCCUUGGAGCCUAUAGUUUUACAUGGUAAUUUACUAAGAGUUGGCUGGGGUCAGCCUAGUGGAGAGUUACCAAAGAGCAUUUCUCUUGCCGUUACUGUCGGGGCCAGUAGAAAUGUAUACGUUUCUUUGCCCGAGUAUUCGUUCAAGGAAAAAUACAUUAACAACCCUGAGUUUAAGCUAUAUCAUGGAAAGUAUAGCUUACCAAAUGAAGAACAAUUAAGAAACGAUUUCACAAAGUACGGUCAAAUCGAGCAGAUUAACUAUCUAGAAGAUGGUCACUGUUGUUGGGUUAACUUUAUGAACAUUGCAUGUGCCAUUCGUUUAGUAGAGGAUAGCAACUCUCCUAACGCACGGAAUCUAGAGAAGUUUCACACGCAAUUUGAUAACCGUUAUCGUAAUUUGAUUAUAGGUUAUGGUAAGGAUCGUUGCGGAAACAUCAAUAAAAACCUGGCCGCCAGUAAAAGUUCAAGAUUUUUCAAAAAAAUUAAGAAACGAAGUUAUAAUAUUAGGCUGCAGAAGCAGCAGUCAAGAAGCGAGGAUAGUUCGACAUCCUCUGAGAGUCUGGGAAGGGAUGAUCCCAGUCAUACUGAAUCAUCAAAGGGAAUUCGCGAAGAACUCCUGAAGAUGAGCAGUGGUGAUGAAAAAGCAAAGGGGUUGUGUAUUUCACUAAGAUCCAGCAAAGAACUGUACGAAGAUAAUGACGAUAAUAGUCUUGAAGAUGCAUCAGGAGUUAGCAUUAACCCCAAUACAACCCCGAAUAAUAGUACUAAUAGUAAUAAUAAUAAUAAUAAGAGCGGAAAGGGAAAGUUAAAAGGUAACUGCAACUCUGCCUCUAAACUAAGCGGCAGUGCUACCGAUGGCGUCGAUGACGAGGAUGAUGAUGCCGGCUACUCAACCUCCGGGUCGUCCGCUAUAGAUAUAAUUGUUUCACCUCCCACUACUAAGAAUCGCAAGUCGAAAGACGGUAACGCUGUAACAACAAAUGGAAAGCAAAAAAAAAAGUCAAGAGGCAGUACGAGUAAAGCUCAGAACGGAUAUUCGAACCAGUUUAACCAGUUUUACGCUUUGAGCUCAUUCGAACCCCAAGUUUCAAGCAGCUCGCUGGAUGCCAUUCCGCCGCUGAUCCCUACAUCUGCAAACCAUCACCUUAGCGACAAAAGCUCCUCGCAUCUUGCAACGUCCCGUUCCAAUGACUAUCUACCGCGAGCUGCAAACGGUAGUUCUAACGGUGGCAAAACGCGAAGGAAAAGACGUUCAAAGCUGUCGAAACCUAUCGCUGGCCAAGUCGUAAUGAACCAGUAUCUUGAGCAGUUACACCACUCCACAUUCCUGUACGCGACGAAAAUUCUUAGCGCUACAACAGUACAAGAUCCACAGCGAUUCUAUGAUCUGAAUGGGAACGAACACUGA